AUGUCUGACACAGAGAUAGAGAACUUCCUCAGAAAAUAUAUGAUGAAAACCAUCUUGCAAGACAUUGAUGAUAACCAGCCACCGGAAUUCUCAUCAGAGAUACGGCCUGUGACUGUCAUGUUCAUUAAUAUGAUGUAUGUUUCAGCUUAUACUCCGACGGAGCUGUGUGGCUUUGUUCAAGAAGCCACCGUCAUUAUCAGCAAGAAGCUCAGUCCCCAUGGCCACAUCAACAAGAUAUCCUUUUUUAAUAAGGACUGCACAUUUCUCUGUGUAUUCAGCUUACCUGGGUAUAAGAGAAAGGAUGAGAGUGCACUGAAGGCUGCAGAUUUAAUGGGAGACAAAGUGAAUCUGGCUGCCCGGUUGAUGAUGUACUACCCGGGGAUCGUAUCAUGUGAUUGGGAGACCAGGUAUUACUCUGGCCUGCCUUCUUGCUGCUUCAUUGAGGAGAUUGAGAAAGAUCUGAAGGGUGUGAGCGACCUGGGGAAGAUCUAUCACUCUGAGCCCAGAAGUCAUCUGACAUAA